AUGUUCGACAACCUUUUGGGCCGCAACAUCUCGAAGACAGCAGAUGAGCGCGACGAGCUCACACGCUACCUGAGCACCAACACCAAAGAAGUUCAGGAUGCAGUCGCAUGGUGGUACGCACGCCGCGUGGAGUUUUCGUGUCUUGCCCGUAUGGCGAUGAACUACCUCACAAUUCCCGCCACCUCGGUCAAUGUCGAGCGCCUUUUCAGCAAGCGGCCGCUGCUGCUGCCGCACAUUCGCAAUGGGCUGUCUGCGCAGUCUGUGCAUGCUCUGCUGUGUCUCGCGGAGUGGAGCCGGCUGGGAUUUGUACGUGAUACAGAUGUCUUAGCAAUUACAUCAGGUCCAGAGGGCGAAGGGGAGGAUGAUGGACUGGGAGAUGGGUGGGACAAUAUCAUCAUGCCUGAGUAG